GGCGGAUCAGCUGCCAAGGCGAGAGGCGGUCGUGCUGCGCGGCCACGAAGGUCCGGUUCUGGCAGUACGAUUCAACUCCGACGGUAAUUAUUGCAUCAGCUGCGGUCGCGAUCGCGUCCUCUGCCUCUGGAAUCCACAGAAGGGAUUGCGGAUCAAGAGCUACAAUGCGCACGCCCGGGAGGUUCGCGAUGUGGCCGUCGUCGCCGAUAAUUCCAAGUUCUGCUCUUGCGGCGCCGAUCGUCAGCUCUUCUACUGGGAUGUUCCCACCGGACGCGUGAUUCGUAAAUUCCGUGGCCACGACAGUGAGUGGUGUAGGUGAAUACCGUGAAGUUUAGUGAGAACUCGACGGUGAUUGUCUCUGGAGGAUAUGAUCGAUCGGUGCGAGCGUUUGAUUGUCGAUCUCACAGCAUAGAACCGAUCCAGGUGAUUGAGGCAUUUUCAGACAGUGUGACUUCCCUGUGUAUGACAAGGACGGAAAUUAUCGCUGGAAGUGUGGAUGGAUCCAUUCGAACUUUUGAUAUCCGUGCUGGAAGAGUGUAUAGAGAUGAUCUUGGUCAUCCAAUAAAUAGCGUCGCCCUCUCGCACGAUGGAAAAUGCACCUUGGCUGGAUGUUUGGAUUCAACACUUCGUCUUAUUGACAGAGAAACUGGUGAUUUGCUUCAAGAGUACAAAGGACACAUCAACAAGUCCUACAAAACUGAUAGUUGCUUGACAAACACCGACGCUCAUGUUGUUGGUAGCUCCGAGGACGGUCGCAUUUACUACUGGGAUCUCGUGGAUUCAUCCGUAGUGUCGAGUUUCAAAGCGCACGCUUCAGCAGUAACGAGCAUUGCUUAUCACAAAACCGAGCCAAUGCUCGUCACGUCCUCCAUCGAUGGGACUGUUCGUGUGUGGACGCCAUAGCGAGCGCUCCAGUCGUGAAAAACUGGAUUUUUACAGGACAUUUUUUGUCAAAUGUAAGCUUUUUGUUUUACUACACGUCCCUUGUUCGAAUCCUGGGGUUUCUGGCAUGGGGUUUAGGGUUUAGGGCUUUAGAUGUUGAGGCGCGCAUUGUGGAACGCCUGGCGAUGGCGCUCCGGCCGGCCGGCGUUUCCUUGCGAUGCGGCAACGCGAUCGAUCGAUUCACAUCGGAAUCCGCUCACGGGGAGCUUCGAAAUAUUUCAAGUCCGGGGCUUCGGCGUCGCCAAUGUGUGGAUCGAUCGGGAGACGGCCGCUGCUCGAGCUGCGCAGCGGACGCUACGGCCGAGAAGGCACAAGGUCAAGCCUGCCGAGGGCGAGGAGAAGCCAGCAGCACGACCGGCGCCACGGAAGAGCAUCGGGCUUUCGAGGGAGUCUCGGCGAUUGUUAAGGAAAGGUGAGCGCAUGAGAACUUGGAAGGAUGGAACUCCUCGACCGCCUGGGCCGGAGGGAUCGCUGCGAAUGCUGGAUUCUGGCAAGCUUCUCGGGAGAGACAGGAAAACCAUGGUACAAAAGUAUGGCACGCCCAAGAGGAUUCCACGAAAGAUCAGGCUGGAAAAGCUCGAGGAACGUCGUCAAAGGAAGGAGUUGAAGAUGAAGCUAGCUCUAAAUCCCGAGCUCAAGGAAGAGCUGCUAAAGAAGAGUCUUCCGACCGACUCGGGUGCUGUCCGAAGGCUUCGUGAAAAGUCAGAGAGUUUCUCAAGGAUGAACAAGAUGGAGAAGAGAAGGGACGUCGAGGAGAAAGAGGCCGCCGUGUACUUCUCUCAGCCUUUAAAGUGCGAUCGAAAGAAGGUGGCGACGGUUUAUGGGGAUAUAGACGUUACUGCUGCAGCGAAGUAUAAGGAGUGGAAGGCUCAGAAGAAGGAACAAAUUGUUUCGAAAACUUUGCAAAUCGAAGCUGGCGAUGGCUCUAGACCGGCUGGUGGUGAUGGUGCUCUUGCGAGGUUGCGUAAGAAGGCUCUUAAAGUUAAACGCGAGGCAGAGAACCAAAAACUUUUGGCCGCCAGAAACAAGGAAGACCUUGUGGAAGAUGAUGGCAAUGCCCAGGAAAUUAGAGAGAAGGCCAAGAAGAUGAUCGAGGAAGGAAAGGAGCUGUUGAAGCUAGUGGAUGAAGAGUACCACGAGUCGAGCAUCGUGUUGGAGGAGGAAGAGGUUGAAGGAGCAAAGAGAAAAUUGACUCGCGGGCUUAUUUUGGAGAACGAGGCGAAUAGAAAAAGAAGUGAUCGACAUACAGCGACAGCCGGCACAAGCGGAAGUAAAUCAGAGUCGUCCGAGAACCCAAAGGCCGAGACCGAAACCGAGAAAUACUUGCGCAAGAGCAGCCAAAUAAGUGACGAAAGCAAGGCCAAUAUUUUGGACAUUGGCAAGCCUGCAGCUUCCGCAGAGAUCAAAGUCGAUCUGAUGAGCGACGAGGAAACUUUCAGUGAUGAAGAGAAGAAGGAAAAGCUGACGUGGGGCUUGGAUUCGACCAGGCCAAUGGAUGACACCGACGAAGGUCGUAAACUGUCGAGAGUUUUGGGUACCAACAUGUUGCUAGGCUUUCCGAGACUUACGAAGGCAAAGAAAACUCGGCCAGCACGUACUACAACUCGUCCAGACGAGGAAGAUAUAGUCCUAAGUCCACAGGUGGAUGAAACUCAUAGUAAUAUUAUCACUCCAACGCUUUAUCAACCCGAAGAAAGGGGCCUGUCCCUGGAAAGGCAAAUCAUAGAGAAAACUCUGGAGGAGUACCACAUGAUACUUCAGUCUGAGCGGGCUACUCCCCGGAAAAAGCCAUGGAUCAGGAGAGUACUGAAGAUCGACAAGGACGACAUUACUGCUAAACGUUACGAAACCCCUGAGGAAAGGAAGGCGUCAGGUAAAGUAGAACCGAAAGAGCUCGGUACCAAUGCAAGAUUUCGAAUGAUACAACCGUCUCGGGAGCUCAUGCGCUACAUAGAUUCACAACUGCUGGGCAAGAGGAGACUCGACGAAUGGCGGAAAGCUGGCUACAAUGUUAAACUUUAUUCUCCACUCGACAAUGUGCCAUUCUACAAAGGCGAAAAGAAAUACAGAAUCCAUCAGAGUGUAGAUUUUUAGAAACAAGCAAGUAUUCGUGGCUGGAGCUAAAGUUUUAUCGUCAAUACCACCAGCCGAGCUGCCAGAAAUCGCAUUUGCAGGCAGAACAAAUUCUGGGAA